AUGACAACCCGUUGUUAUCCAAAGGGAUUGCCGCGUUCAGGCACGCCGCCGUCUUUCCCUCGCCGCCGUGGCUUGCCACAGAAAAGGAAGAUUCGCGAUGUGAACAAGGUAGUGGCAGUCUCAUCUGCUAAAGGUGGAGUGGGCAAAUCGACAAUCGCUGUGAACAUUGCAUUGUCUUUUGCUCGACGGGGAAUUCGCACGGGAAUUCUUGAUACAGACAUUUUUGGACCGUCCAUUCCUACGCUGCUUAACUUGUCCGGAGAGCCGCGGCUCGAUGACAAGAACUGUCUUGUUCCACUCACGAAUUACGGUCUGAAAUCCAUGUCUAUGGGUUAUCUUUUACCUCCUCCAUCGCCAGAAUCAACAAUCACCACAUCCGACCCUAAUACUGCCCCGCUAGACACAACCCCCAUCUCAUGGCGCGGUCUCAUGGUUUCGAAAGCAAUGAACCAGCUCCUCCACUCCGUUUCGUGGGGACCACUUGAUAUCCUCAUUCUUGACCUACCCCCAGGCACCGGAGACGUGCAGCUAACCAUAAACCAAGAAGUGGUCGUGGACGGUGCUGUGAUUGUAUCCACACCGCAAGACAUCGCCCUAAGAGACGCUGUCAGAGGCUAUGGGCUAUUUCAGAAAAUGGAUGUUCCUGUUUUGGGUAUGAUAAGGAACAUGGCCUUUUUCGCUUGUCCACACUGCGGCAAACAGACAAGAAUAUUCUCGGGGGGGAUUUCCGGGCAAGGCCAUGAGUGUCAAGACAACAGUGGAGUCGUAGCGGCUUGUGAGCGCCUGGGCAUUGACUUUCUGGGGGACGUUCCCCUUGAUGCGAGAGUGUGCGAGGACGCUGAUAGGGGCGUUCCCACUGUCGUGGCAGAAGAGGGCGAUGACCGAAGCGCGAGAAGGAAUGCAUUUUUAAACAUCGCUGAGAAGAUCGCCCGAAAGGUUGGGCUGGAAUGGAAAUGA